UUAGGCCAAUCUAGAUCAAGAAUCUAGAUCUAGUUAUUUUUGUCGAAGCCGAAACUGUAAACUGAAGACCGAAACCUCCGAGGCAUAGAGCCUAAAAGAAGGUACAGGUCGCCACCUCUAGAACAACCUGAGUUCGAAAAUCAAAGGUUAGGAUCUAGAUCUAGAUCUAGAUCUAGAGUCUAGAGGUUUGCCUGCUAACUAGUCAAACGUUGAUAUGGAUUCUAUGAUUGAUACUUCAUUUUCCAACGAACUCAUCCGGUUCGGAACAUUUGUGGGCUGGCCUGGCUCUGAUAUCCACUGCAAGUCAGUGAAACCAAGUGCUAUUGACUUAGCCAAAACGGGCUUCUAUUUCACGGGUUCAUCUGAUGAAGUCUGCUGCUUUGCUUGUGGUCUGGUGGUAAAGGACUGGGAGCGACAUCAUGACCCCAUCGUUGUCCACGCCACGCGCAGCCCGCGUUGCCCAAUGGUGCUGGGCAGGGACCACAGCAACUCGCCAGUCAUUGUGCCAGAGGACGCAGAACGCCUGGCCAUCCUGUCCAUGCUUCAGCAGGCGAGCCAGCGAGUGUUGACGGCAGUCAGCGGGUCGUAUACUUCCUCGUCCCUCCUGGCGAACACGCUGACCGUGCUGUACGGGGAGACCAUGAUGAGAGCCAGACCUCCCCAGAUGGUGGCCCCGAGCGCAUGCUCCCUGACCUCGUCUCCGAGGCAGAGUCCCUCAACGGUUCGUCAGAACAGUCGCGAUCCUCCAUCCUCCCCGGGAGGCGGUGGGAGAAUGCAAGCGUCUAGACCGGCUGCCACCGCGUCCUCUGAUUCUCCUCAACGGCGCAGCAGCGCGUCCGACUCAGAGAGUACUGCCGUGUCACCCAGGAGACCACAGUUCCAACGCACCCGUUCGUACGCCAUGGACUCAAGGCCGUCCUCUAACUCUGAAACGAUUGCCAACAGACAGAACUCCAACCCCAGCACUGAUCAUGUUGAAUACCAAGAGUCUGAGGAAGCGCGGCUAGCAACGUUCAACUCUUGGCCCGGUAUCAGAGGAGCUACAGCCCGCGAGUUUGCCCAGGCUGGUUUCAUCUUUUAUGGCGCCCCAGAUCGUGUCCAGUGUGUCUUCUGCAAUGGGUUACUUCGCAACUGGAAUGACAACGACCGGCCAAUUGAAGAACACCGGAAACACUUUCCCACCUGCUCUUUUGUCACUGAAUGUCUGUCAGCCAUAACAGUUGCUCAGCCUAGGCAUACCAACUACCGUACCUUGGAGUCGAGAGAGAAAUCAUUUCUGAACUGGUCUAGAAGGACGCAGACUCCUGUCCCCGAAGCACUGGCAAGUGCAGGCUUCUUUUAUGUGGGUCAUGGGGACAACGUCAAAUGUUUCUUCUGUGACGGUGGUCUGAGGAACUGGGAACCCAACGACGACCCGUGGAGAGAGCAUGCUCGCUGGUUUCCGAAAUGUGAUUACGUGAGACAGAUCAAGGGUCCCGCUUACAUCGAGGCUGUGUUGGGAGAGACAAACUUGACUGAGUACCAGACAGCUUCAGUUGACAAUACAGAUGUGAAGAACGUAGCAGGGUUAGCAGCGCCGAGAGACAUGGACCCGCGGGAGGUGACCGCUCGGUUGGACAGCGAGAUUGUGAAGGCUGUGCUCAAGAUGGACGUCCCGAAAGACCUCGUGAGAAAGGCUAUCAGGAAGAGACUUGCUGAAGACAGCGAUGACUUCUCUAGCGCUGAGGCGUUGCUGGAGGCGGUGUUUAAUCUGGAUCCUAACGAGCCCAGUCUGCAGGACCCGGCGGAAGGACACGGCCUGGACGGCUUGCUGGGGAGCAGCAGUCCUCCUUCUGACAGCUCUAAUGCACAAGAGUCUUUGCGGCUCAUGGAAGAGAAUCGCUUGCUGAAGGAACAGAAACAGUGUAAGAUCUGUAUGGACGAAGAAGUCUGCAUGGCGUUCCUGCCCUGUGGCCAUCUCGUCUGCUGUGCCACUUGCGCCCCAGCCCUCGACUCGUGUCCAAUUUGCAGAGGGAAAAUCAAGAGAACCGUGCGGACCUAUAUGGCUUGAUUUGUAUUUUGUGAAAUUCUUUUUAAAAAAUCUGUCGUUAUCUUUGCAUAUUGUGAUACAUGCAGUUCUAAUCAGUUUGCGAGUUAUAGAGUUUUUUAACUGAAACAAUUUUAUAUGAAAUGAAAUAACAGGUUCUGACCGAUCUGUAGAGACAGUUGCUCGUCUUCAUUAUAUUACUGAAUCGUCAUUUCCUCUUUGGGCCAGCUUGUGUUUUCGUAAGGCAGUGAAAAAUAUUAAUUUUUUAAGACUUGCGGUGUUUUUUCCCAUCGUAAUUUGUAGUGCUAAGCUGAACUGCAUCAAAUUUGAUUUCUAAAGGUCUCUAUAGUUUCAGCAGUGCAAAUGAGAUGUUUCAAAUCAGUUUACCUCUUUGUGAACAGUGGAAAGUGAGCUAUGCCAAAAAAAUGGCCAUGUUCAAUUGAUGGCUUAUCUUGUCUUUUCUGAUAUUAAAAAAAAAAUAAUUUUGAAUAUAAUUCAUUUGUACAUUUUUCACAAGUGUUUGAUGAAUGUUGCAGAAGGGAGCUUGGUAUACGACUGUGGCCUGAAAAAUUUUCUCAAAUUUGCUUCGGCUUGGGUAAUGUUUCUUGAUUAUUCAGGGAUGCCACUCUUCCGCUUUUUUCCGGUAUUUCCGGUAUUUUGAUCCUGAUCCGCUAUUCCGUUAUUGAGAUCGAGAUAGAAUCUAUAGUUUAAAAAGAAGAAAAAAAAUCCCACACACACACAACUUGCGCCCAAAUGUUCAAAUAACGAAAAAACGAAGACUUCGCCAUUAGUUCAAAUAACGGGGAGUGCUUAUGUUUGUUUGUCAUUUCUCUCUAUGUACACCCUUUGGGUUUCAAAUUGAUAUUCAUAUGUUGGUGAGACCGUGGAUCAUGGAUUUUCAGCUAUUUAAAAAAAAGCUGAGUGGCAUCCCUGAUUAUUCUGUGAGCGAGGGAGCCAACAUGGGGAGGAAGGGAAAAGAGGGAGUGUGACCAGAAUGUACGCGUAAUGUCUAACCCGUCACUGAUCCUCUCUUUGACUGGAGACCAAAAUGGCUGACAAGGAUCAAUUUUGAGCUUGUCCUGGUUUGAUUUGAAAUCUCUUCUUUGAACUUUUCUCCCAAAAAAAUGAUAAUUAUGUUAAAAUUCAAUUAUUGUGUUUUUUACAGAAUUGUUUUUGAAAGGUAGUACCGGUAGUAAACAUCUUUGGGCUCUGUUCAAACUUUUAUAGUAAAUGUCACAAAAUAUGUUUUCUUUAUUUUCUACUUUGUCGUUUUGGGUUUUUUUGGAGGUUUUUAAAAAAUCAAACGGCAGUUAAUUUUCAACAUUUAUCGGCUUGACUGUGUAAGGGGAGAAUAUUUGAAAGGACUUUGUAGCAACAUGUAAGACAUUAUUUACAAUUCAAAGGGCCACAAGUCUGACCCAAACCGCUUAAUGAAUAAUAAUGAAUAUAUAUAUAUAUAAUUACGUUUUCCUUUUGUUUCAUUUGAUUAGUGUUUUCUGUGUUUACCUCAAUGCAGAUUGUCAUAAAAGUUUUCUCUACUUCCAAAACAGUAAGUUCCAUUUUGCGUGCUCUUAACUCUUGACUCGCUAUUCUAAUUUAGUAGAAUGCUUAAUAUAUGAUUCAAAUUGUAUGCUUCUUUCAUGAAGGCUGUGAAUAUUUCCCAUGACCACUUUAUAGAACUUGCCCGUGAUAAGUUAAAAAAUUUCCGAGGGAGAGAGGAAAAAUGGGGAAAUGUUUGUGCUUGUUUUUGUUUUUCAUGCCCUAUCAUAGGCGGUGCUCCUUCUGUGGUGUUUUUGGUUUUGUUUCUUGUUCAUUGAUGUUGAAAGGACAGUAUUCUGUCACGGUCAGUUGGUGUUUAUUGCCAAGUAAGCGACUGGCAUGUGUCCAGAAGUUUGGGUUUUUUUUCUUCAAAUUCUUCAGGUUUUCUGUUACUUCUCCUUUAUCUUGGCCUUAGUCUUAGCCCUACAUGAUUAUGUUAUAGCAACAUUUGAAGGACACCUUUCUCUCUCACUGCUAACAUUUUUUUGUAGUCUGGCGUCUUUAAAACUGUUGGUUUUUAUUACAUCACUGCAGUGAAUAUUUUCUUUUGACCCAUCAUCUCUGAUGUGUGAUAUUAUAGUUUUGAAACUGAAACAAUCCAAAUGUGUACCCUUUUUGUGAAUGUGUAAAUAACCCUUUUUACGCGCUAGAGAAGUAUUUUAGCUUAUCCAUGGCGCUUGGAUAUUUUUAUGUUUCUUUGUGCUUGACUAAUAAAUCAUUUACCGAAUUAUG